UCAUGCAGCCGCAUGUGCGGCAGAGCGUCGGCCCUCGGAGCUCCGGCAACAGCCCCUGCGGCCGCGACUGGGACAUGGCGGAGGAGGAGGACGCGAUCCCCGGGAACGGGAGCGGGGAUCCGCGGCAGCUGCCGCAGCCGGAGGACUGCCUGCUGCUGGGCCUGGACGGGGACGCCGCCUACGCCGCCUCCUCCUACCUGGAGGAGGAGAGCGAGGAGAGCGCGGCCCCGCAGCGGCGGCUGCGGGCCGGCGGGUCGCGCCACCGCGGGGACGUGGUCACGGACCUGCGGCCGGAGGAGAUCCGCUGGUUCUACAAGGAGGACCGGCGGACCUGGAAGCCGUUCGUCGGACACGACUCUCUCAAGAUCGAGAGACUGUACCAGAGACUGUCCGAGCACAGCCAGGAGAAGGAGAAGGAGAAGGGGCUCCCCCGCCCCGCCGAGGCCGGGGAGGAGGCUGCCUCCUCCGGGGAGCCGCGGCCGGACGGCGCGGCCGAGGAGCGGGCAGGUGCCGCCGGGGACCCGCAGGAGCAGGAGGAGGAGGAGGAGGACCCGGGGGAGGCCAGGGCCAUCGCCGAGGCGGUGUGCGUGAGAGGGGGGCUCUAUGAAGUCCACGUCCGGGAGAAGGAGUGUUACCCCGUUUACUGGAACCAGCAAGACCGGAUUCCUGUGAUGAGGGGUCAGUGGUUUGUUGAUGGGACCUGGCUACCAUUGGAAGAGGAUGAGAGUGACCUCAUCGAGCAGAAGCAUCUUUCCUGUUUCCGGGGGCAACAGAUGAGGGACACGUACGAGGUGGAGGCAGUGACCACCACUGUGGACAGCAAAGACGCUGUCCACAGCCUGAAGCUGAGCAGGAGUCAUGUGGACUGGCACAGCGUGGAUGAGGUGUACCUGUACAGCGACGCCACCACCUCUAAGAUUGCACGUACCUUCACCCAGAAAUUGGGCUUCUCAAAAGCCUCCAGCAGUGGGACUCGUCUCCAUCGGGGAUACGUUGAGGAAGCAGCACCCGAGGACAUGCCUCCCGAGACCACCCACCUCGUCUUCGUGGUGCACGGCAUCGGCCAGAAGAUGGACCAGGGUCGUAUCAUCAGGAACACCAGCAUGAUGAGGGACGCCGCCAGGAAGAUGGAGGAGAGGCACUUCUCCGAUCGCACCACGGAGCACGUGGAGUUCCUUCCUGUGGAGUGGAGGUCAAAGCUGUGCUUGGAUGGAGACACAGUGGACUCCAUCACGCCAGACAAGGUCCGAGGUCUCAGAGACAUGCUGAACAGUAGUGCCAUGGACAUCAUGUACUACACAAGUCCUCUGUACAGAGACGAGAUCACCAGAGGUUUGACUCAGGAACUGAACCGCCUGUAUUCCCUCUUCUGCUCGCGGAAUCCAGACUUUGAGAAAAGCGGGAAGGUGUCCAUCGUGUCGCACUCGCUGGGCUGCGUCAUCGCCUUUGACAUCAUGACGGGCUGGGACCCGGUGCGGUUCCAUCAUAAUAUCAUGCUGGACCCUGAGGAGAUAAAGGUCCGCUGGCCUAGUGAUGAGGAGCGCCACCUUCAGGAGCAGCUCAGACUCAUGCGCCUCAGGUUGAGGGACUUAGAGGACCAGUUCCAGGGUCUUCAGACCUCGUCGUGUGUUGCAGUUCCAGCCUUAAGGUUCAAGGUUGAAAACUUCUUCUGCAUGGGCUCUCCUCUUGCCGUUUUCUUGGCACUGCGAGGAAUCCGGCCCGGAAACAGCAGCGUGCAGGACCACAUCCUCCCCACAUCUAUCUGCAAACGCCUCUUCAACUUAUUCCACCCCACAGACCCAGUGGCGUACCGGCUGGAGCCUCUGAUCCUCAAGCACUACAGCAACAUCGCCCCAGUUCAGAUCGACUGGUACAACACCAGAAGUCCAACGCCAUACGAUCAGAUCCGGCCCACGCUGCUCAACCCCCUGAAGGAGGCCACAUGUGUCUUAGACUCGGAGAGCAUCCCCAGCCCUUGUACGUCCCCGCCCCAGCCCAGACGGCACUACGGAGAGUCCAUCACCAACCUGGGCAAGGCCAGCAUCAUGGGUGCUGCAAGUAUUGGAAAAGGAAUAGGAGGAAUCCUGUUUUCCCGCUUUUCCCGAUCCAGCGGCCACGUGUGCGGGGUGGAGGAAGAGCCGUCAGAUUCGGAGGGAAUUCCACCUGAGACGGAAACCCUGGCAUUGGGAGAAGAGGGAGAGACGGUGUUAGAGGGCGAGGAAACGGAGAAACUAGUAGAGGAGGACAGGGAGGAGGUGGAGCCCGCCAUGUCUCAGUCCACCUCAGCUGUGAUGGACAGCACUUCCUUGGAACUGGAGAGACGCGUGGACUUCGAGCUGCGGGAGGGCUUGGUGGAGAACCGCUACUGGUCGGCGGUGACGUCACACACCGCCUACUGGUGCUCCUACGACGUGGCCCUGUUCCUCCUCACCUUCAUGUACAGACCACAAGAGCCCCCCGAGCCGUCAGAGGACAACCAAGAUGCCUCCUAACGGAAGUUCCUAGCGAGCCAUCACCCUUGGAGCCAAUUUGCCUUCCACACAACUUCUUCUUCAGUGAUAUCAAUUUGUUCAUUUUGGAAACAAUGAAACGUUAAACACAAGUUACUGUGUUGACUUAGUUUACAUGUACAGCUGUGGAAAGGCUAGUGCCCACUGUUUUAGUCUUACGGGAGGUUCUUGUGUGUGAAAACCUGGUUGAAGUCUUCUGGUUGUAGUGGGUCAAAUACAGCCUCAGAUGAACAACAGCUCCUCACGUUUUUCACUCGUCGUCAUUAUUUUCACUCAAACAAAAUGUUUGUGACAAAUUGUUGCAGAGCGGGUAAGCUGGACACAUGUAAAGGACUUGUGGGGGACAUUGUCCACACUUUGGUGGGGUAGCAGUGAAUUUAGGAGGCCGUUACUCCUCUGGCUGAGUCAUUGUGACCACGAGAGCCAGUUGCUACGACAAACCCGCCGUGACACUUUAUGGAGUGUUACAGUACGUGACCUGCAAGGGCAACAAAGGUCCUUCCAUCCCAAAAUAGUCCUUUUGGAAAAAAAAACCCCACUAACUCAUGCAAGUGUAAAAAGUAUGAGGUUUUAACAUGUUUCCUUUGGAUGUGUUUUCUAUUUAAAGCUCAAAUUUGACCAUUUCUAAGCGAAUGCGUCCAACAUCUCCAGCUUCUGCAAACCCAGAUCACUACCGCUCCACCACCGUGCUUGACAGCGGGUAUGAGGUUUCUUAUCUGGUUUCCUCCAAACACUGUUUUGAACAUGAAGACCAAAAUCUCCACGUUGGUCUCAUGUGCCCAGAGGACGUUGUUCCAGAAGUCAUCUGAUUGGCUCAGAUGCAGGUUUGGGAACCUCGGCCUGACCUUGGGGUAAAUCUACAUCCGCUCCUGGUGGAUUUGUUUUGCACUCAUGAAUAAUGUAACUGUAGAAUAUUGCACCUUGUCUACUUUGGAAAUGGUUUUAUAACCCUUUCCAGAUUGAUGCAUGGGACAAAAAUAGUUAUUCUAAGUCCGUUGCUGAGGUCUUUUCUUCUUGGCAUUAUGUUAACGUAACGUUAACGUUAACAUCUGGCUUUUUAGAUGUCUGCUCACCUGCUGCUGAAUAGCAGCCCCUGCAUGACACUUACCCUCUUAAAUCCUGGGGAAGUGGUUGAGGGUGUACUUAGUAUUGCCCUUGUGAAUUUAUUCUAUACGUAAUAAUAAUUAAAUAAUUAAAUAACGGCAAGUGAUAAAAGUUACAGGAUGUUGUUCAUCUGAGUUUAUCUGCCUACUGUGAUCACAGGCACGCACACACACAGGAAACAAGAUUAAAAGAGCUGGUACUAAUGUUUGCUCACAUCUGUAGAUUGAACCAUCUCCAAAUAGUUUUAUUUACAAUUAUUUGUCUGUUUGAACAUUGCCGUCGGCUGUGAAACGGUAGCUGCGUUUGUCGUAUGCCGUCCACACACGAUAAAACCUCUAUUUUUUUAAUCCAACUUAAUUUCCAACACACAGAUCAAAACGGUACGCUUUUAUUUGAAUAUCAUGUCGAGUCUCGUUUAUUAGUUUGAAAGAGCAACAUAUCGAAUAUCUGAACGGAAAUGACGUCGUUUUUGUGUUUGUUUUAUUUUGAAAGCUUCAUCCAACAUGUUUCACAUAAAAAACUCUUGACGAGUAAAGUGAAAAUG